CGAUGCCUUCGGAGACCGUAGCACUCAGCGCGGCGCCACCUCAGAGAUUCUGGGUGUGGUCGCCCCUGGCUCCUCCCACAUUUCCAGUCACAGCGAGGAACUGCUGCAGCAGACCCCAGACACCAUUUCAAUCAAGGUUGAAGAGGAUAUUGGUGGAGGCUUGCCCGCUGUAGAAGACGGCAUUGACAUCAGAGACUGCAGCACGUAGCGCGGCGCCACCUCGGAGAGUCUGCGUGUGGACGCCCCUGGCUCCUCACACAUGUCAAGUCACAGCGGGGAGCUGCGCAUCCUGAGCGUUUACAGACAAGGGGAGGGCCCACUGGCGGUGGACGGCCAUGACACCCUCUUUGCCGCGUCAGAACUGGAGGCCUUGAGCUCGCUGUCCGCUGACCACAGCGUGGCCAAGAGCCUGAACUGCAGUGUGCGGCUCGUCCGCCUUGAGGAGCUGACUGGGCAUCGGGGCGGCCGCAAGGGACGGCCCGGUGUCUUGUGUGGAAAGGUUAUUCCCAACAAUGCCAAUAUGAUCGUCCACAAGAGGACUCACUCCGGGGAGAAGCCCUACAAGUGUGACCAAUGCACGAAGUGCUUCAGUCUGAAAGGCCCCCUGAAGCGCCACAUGAGGACUCACUCCGGGGAGAAGUCCUACAGGUGUGACCAAUGCACGAAGUGCUUCAGUCUGAAAGGCACCCUGAAGCGCCACAUGAUGACUCACUCUGGGGAGAAACCCUACAAGUGUGACCAAUGCACAAAGCGCUUCAUUCGGUCAUACCGCCUGAGGAUCCACAUGAGGACUCACUCUGGGGAGAAGCCCUGCGUGUGUCUGCAGUGCAACGCCAGCUACUGCGGCCCAAGCAGUUUGCGUGUGCACAUGCUCAAGCACACUUUGACACGGGGUAACGGGACUGGGGGCGCUAUUCCAGGCAAAGGAGGACUCUGUACCGGAGGCUUGGAUCAGCUGGAGAAUCAGUUUUUAAAGAGGAAGUUACGCCUCCGUCUUGCAGGACGCAGACAGACCCUACUCUACGAUCGUGUACUACACGUAGUUCUUUCCUUGAGAGACACCAUGGCUCGCAAACGAGCGAAGCAUAGCAGUUGCUUAGUGUUUGGAUGUACAAAUGAACACAAAAGUCUAUAUUUUGUUCCUUCCUCCGAGCCGCUGAAGAACCAGUGGGUUAAUUUUAUUGUCUCUGGAAAUGUGCCAGUCUGCGCCAAACAUUUCACUGACGACUGCUUCCUCAACUUGGGCCAAUACAGAGCUGGACUUGAUCAACGUCUGAGAAUCAAGUCUGGAUCAGUACCAACUCUCCAUGGCUCAGCUACAAACCUCGAAAAAGCCAGCUCAUCAAGUGCUUACAUUCAGCAGCUUCUCUCAAGGGAUGUUGCCUGCCAGACAGACCACCUGGAAACACGUACUGUAAGCACACAGCUAUCCUUAAAGACUUUGCAGCCCCAUUUUAAAAGUGAAGAAGACUGCGAUGCCUUUGGAGACCGUAGCACUCAACGCGGCGCCACCUCAGAGAUUCUGGGUGUGGACGCCCCUGGCUCCUCCCACAUGUCCAGCCACAGCGAGGAGCUGAAGAUUCUGAGCGUCCACGGAAAAGGGGAGGGCCCACUGGCGGAGGACGGCCAUGACACCCUCUUCACCGCGUCAGAAGUGGAGGCCCUGAACUCGCUGCCUGCGGACCACAGCGCGGCCAAGAGCCUGGAGCGCGGCGAGCGGCUGGUCUGCCACGAGGAGCUGCGUGUGCAGCAGCAGACUCCAGACACCAUUUCAAUCAAGGUUGAAGAGGAUAUUGGUGGAGGCUUGCCCGCCGUGGAAGACUGCGAUGCCUUCGGAGACCGUAGCACUCAGUGUGGCGCCACCUCAGAGAUUCUGGGUGUGGACGCCCCUGGCUCCUCCCACAUGUCCAGUCACAGCGAGGAACUGCUGCAGCAGACCCCAGACACCAUUUCAAUCAAGGUUGAAGAGGAUAUUGGUGGAGGCUUCCCCGCCCUAGAAGACGUCAAUGACAUCACAGACUGCAGCACGCAGCGUGGCGCCACCUCGGAGAGUCUGCGUGUGGACGCCCCUGGCUCCUCCCACAUGUCAAGUCACAGCGGGGAGUUGCGCAUCCUGAGCGUUUACGGACAAUGGGAGGGCCCACUGGCGGUGAACGUCCAUAACACCCUUUUUGCCGCGUCAGAACCGGAGGCCUUGAGCUCGCUGUCCGCUGACCACAGCGUGGCCAAGAGCCUGAACUGCAGCGUGCGGCUCGUCCGCCUUGAGGAGCUGACUGGGCAUCAGGGCGGCCGCAAGGGCCGGCCCGGUGUCUUUUGUGGAAAGGUUAUUCCCAACAAGGCCAAUAUGAUCGUCCACAUGAGGACCCACAACGACGAGAAGCCCUACAAAUGUGACCAAUGCACAAAGCGCUUCAGUGAUAGCUAUGCCCUGAAGAUCCACAUGAGAACUCACUCUGGGGAGAAGCCCUACAGGUGUGACCAAUGCAUGAAGUGCUUCAGUCUGAAAGACACCCUGAAUAAACACAUGAGAACUCACUCUGGGGAGAAGCCCUACAGGUGUGACCAAUGCAUGAAGUGCUUCAGUCUGAAAGACACCCUGAAUAAACACAUGAGGAGUCACUCCGGGGAGAAGCCCUACAAGUGUGAGCAAUGCAGUAAGCGCUGCAGUCGGAGAGAUGCCCUAAAUAUCCACAUGAGGACUCACUCCAGCGAGAAGCCCUACAAGUGUGACCAAUGCAUGAAGUGCUUCAGUCUGAAAGACACCCUAAAUAUCCACAUGAGGACUCACUCCGUCGAGAAGCCCUACAAGUGUGACCAAUGCCCGAUGCGCUUCAGUCUGAAAGGCAGCCUGAAGAUCCACCUGAGGACUCACUCUGGGGUGAAGCCCUACAAGUGUGACCAAUGCACGAAGUGCUUCAGUCUGAAAGGCAGCCUGAAGAUCCACCUGAGGACUCACUCUGUGGUGAAGCCCUACAAGUGUGACCAAUGCACGAUGCGCUUCAGUCAGAAAGGCACCCUGAAGAUCCACAUGAGGACUCACUCUGGGGAGAAGCCCUACAGGUGUGACCAAUGCCCGAAGUGCUUCAGUCUGAAAUGCCACCUGAAGAUCCACAGGAGGACUCAUUCCGGGGAGAAGCCCUACAAGUGUGACCAAUGCCCGAAGUGUUUCAGUCUGAAAGACGACCUGAAGCGCCACAUGAGGACUCACUCGGGGGAGAAGCCUUACAAGUGUGACCAAUGCACGAAGCGCUUCAGUCGGACAGGCACCCUGAAAAUCCACCUGAGGACUCACUCUGGGGAGAAGCCCUACCAGUGUGACCAAUGCACAAAGUGCUUCAGUCUGAAAGGCACCCUGAAGAUCCACAUGAGGACUCACUCCGGUUAGAAGCCCUGCCUGCAUUGCAACGGCAGCUACAGCGACCCAAGCAAUUUGAGUGUGCACAUGCUCAAGCACACGGGCAAUGGGGUGCUUUCACACAGGGUAACGGGGCGAGAUUGA